AUAUUUCCAGCCCAUUAUAAAAGCCCAAGUAUCAGCGGUAUUCCAGCACAGAACUUGAUCUGGCGCUUUACGUAACAACACCAAGAUGUGGAAAAUUUCUUUGCUAUUGGCUAUCGGUUGCAUUUGCGUGGCUAGCCAGACGACCAUAUCGCCGCGGGGCCGUGAGAUUUGUCAGCGCGAGAACACCAGAUGUCUACGCAAUCAGGCACGUCUGGGAACUUCCAACGAUGUUACUGCUAUCUUUAACAGCCAAUGCCGAAGGAAUAAUCCCAGUUGGCGCGAUAUUACCCGGUGCCAGUUGGCUGAUGCCACCUGUCAAUUGACUAUAGUGCAGUGUAGGACACUCUCCUGUGAAAAUGUGAGGAGAGCUCUUCAGUCUGGUCCAACCACGGACAGAACUCCUCGCCCUACUCGCACUCCUCGCCCUACUCGCACUCCUCGCCCCACGCGCACUACUCGCCCCACGCGCACUCCUCGCCCCACCCGCACCACUGGCAGACCCCUUCCUCCCACAGAAUCCAUCGAAUAAAAUAUUCAUGCAAAAUGGAAAAUCAGGAAAACUCUUAUGAAUAAAAAUAAACACCUCAAUGCUCUCUAA